AAAAGCACGUAUUUAAUACAGCCCAUUCACGUUCCUUGUAUAACUGCGGCUGGUUCGUUUCAAUAUUCCAUUAUUUAUUUCUUCAUAAAGUUCCAAUCUUGGUGCCACUGUUCCUCCUCCGCGUCCUCUCCAGAUUUGACAACUUGAUCUUCAUGAAUUUGAGAACCACUGAAGCAUCUUCUGUUGUUUCCUACAAAUCGGGAAACGAGUGCUAUUUCUUCUCUUGGAUUCUCUUUUGCUUACUGCCAAUGUUUCUGGGGACUCCAAUUGCAUACAUGCCGUUCUUGCUGAUUAAGGCCAUUGAUUUGAGUUCUUCAACUGCCUUUAUUUAGGAGAAUUUUGGGGUUAUUUAGCCAUUUUGGUGAUUGCUUUCUCCUUAAUUUGGUGUCCUUGGACAAAAACUUGGUAACAUGGUUUCCUCUCAGUUACCUGGUUUGACUAAUACCUGCGUGGGCAAAGCACUCCAAAAGCUAUUUUUUCCUGUGAACUCUGCAGAUGAUGCUGAGUCUGAAAAUUUUGAGCUGGACUUCUCUGAUGUAUUUGGUCCUGUUCCAGUUCAGACAUCGGCUCAAUUAAGUUUUGGUGAUUCGGGAAAUUCUGUGUUUGAUGCAGCUGGAGUGAGUGAGAUAAUUUAUGAAGACCCAGUUGUCAUCUACACCCGAUCACAUUCUCUGUUUGGCCCCUCUUCUUGUGUUGGUGAAUCAUUGAAAUUGAGCAAGCUCACUCUACGUGAGACACAGGAUUCAGAGGAGCUACUGGACUGUGUUGAGGGCGAUACCAUCAAAGAAUUUGAGGAAUCCUCCAUUGAUGAGGUUGUUUCCAAUGAUGAGCUUCUUGAAAAUGUCAAUGGAUGUUCUAGGAAGGUCCUUAGUGUAGGCAUUGAGGAUUUUGAAGUUUUGAAGGUUGUUGGGCAGGGUGCAUUUGGAAGGGUGUAUCAGGUGAGGAAGAAGCAUACGUCAGAAAUAUAUGCAAUGAAGGUUAUGCGGAAGGACAAGAUUAUGGAGAAUAAUCAUGCUAAAUACAUGAAAGCUGAGAGGGAUAUUUUGACAAAAAUAGAUCACCCAUUUAUUGUGCAGCUCAAAUAUUCAUUCCAAACCAAAUAUAAAUUAUACCUUGUGCUAGAUUUCAUAAAUGGAGGACACCUUUUUUUCCAGCUCUACCGCCAAGGCCUUUUCAGAGAGGACCUGGCACGUAUAUAUGCUGCUGAGAUUGUUUCUGCUGUUUCCCACCUUCAUUCAAAGGGCAUAAUGCAUAGGGAUCUUAAACCUGAAAAUAUUCUUCUGGAUGCCGAUGGCCAUGCAAUGCUUACUGAUUUUGGCUUAGCAAAACAAUUUGAUGAAAAUACAAGAUCAAACUCUAUGUGUGGAACAAUUGAAUAUAUGCCACCUGAAAUUAUUCUUGGAAAGGGCCAUGACAAGGCUGUAGACUGGUGGAGUGUGGGAAUCCUAUUGUAUGAGAUGCUCACUGGGAAGCCUCCUUUUAUUGGUGGGAACAAGCAAAAAGUCCAGCAAAAGAUAGUUAAGGAUAAGAUCAAGCUGCCAGCAUUUUUGUCCAGUGAAGCACACUCUCUAUUGAAAGGGCUACUACAGAAGGAACCUGGCAAGCGCCUUGGUAGUGGACCUAGAGGAAGUGAGGAAAUUAAGCAACACAAGUGGUUCAAAUCAGUCAACUGGAAGAAAUUGGAAGCAAGAGAAAUCCAACCCAGUUUUCAUCCGGAUGUUGCAGGGAAGCACUGCAUUGCUAACUUUGACAAGCAGUGGACUGAGAUGCCACUUUUGGAUUCUCCAGCUGCAUCUCCAAAGAACAAUAUAAACCCCUUUGUUGACUUUACUUAUGUGAGGUCUGCGGAUCCAUUCCUUCAUAGUAGUAGCCCCCAUUCCAGCUUUGUAUCAUCCUCAGAUUGAGGUAUUCGAGGGAUCACAACUUUCGGCAAUUGAUUGUAGAUCGACAAUGGUGGCAUAAUUUUAAAGUAUCUUAGUAGAAAUACUACUCUAUGUUGUAUUACAUUCUGUGCUAUAAACAUAUGUUCUGCA